AUGGGAAAGGCCCUAAAAGCUCCGCUUACAGAAACAAUGGCCAGCGCCACUGCUAUGACUCCCGAAGCUACUCAACUUUUUGCGCUCUAUCAAGAGAAGCAGGAUAAUCUUGCUAUGGAGUUCAAACGAGCUUUGGCAAAGUUGACCGGAACGUCCCUGCCAUCAGAGCCACGGAAGGAAAUUGUGAGAGAUGUACAAGACUCAAGCUCAAAUCUAUCGGAUUCCGAGGAUUGCAGUAACAACGAUGAAACGGAUGGCCACGGAGACUCAUCUUCAUCGGAUGAAGAUCCACCACUGCCACCAGCAGCGGAUCCAAGUAAUCCUCUGUCUCCUUCUGAGCUUGCUAGGCUAGCGAAGGGAGUCAACAAACCGGCGAACGGAGUCACAAAUCUAUUGCCGAACAGAGGAAGCCUUAACUCGUAUUCUGGACCACUUCUAUCGCCCGGUUCUGUGAUGGGAAUGAAGUCCGAUGGAUCGAUGGUAAAUGGAGAUGUCGCAGAUAAUGAGAAGAAAGCGCGGGUAAGGGCCAGCAAGAUGGAGUUCAAGAGGCUUGAUGAAGUAUACAAUAAGGCGAUACAUGACUUUUAUCUUGCUGAAUCUUCAUCAUCACCUUCGGCAAAGGAUGAUAAAUGGGAAGAAUAUAUCUUUGUUGUACGACGAAGAUUUGACUAUCAAAACAAAUUCCUAAAAUCUUAUGUUGAUAUAAAAAGUGUUGAUCUCCGUGAUGUUCUGAGAGAAGUUCUGAAAGAUGUCUCCGGUAUUGGUUUGAGGGAAGAUAAACCUACGAUUGAACCUAGUCUUCUAUUCAAUUACCUCCCCCAAUUGGAAUCCGAGCUUAUUAAGGAAAGAAAUCGUACGGAGAAAGAACAGAACAAAACUCUUAUUCAGCACCUUACAAUACUCACCAAAUACAUCGAAUCAGACUAUGCCCCAAUUGUCAAAAGGCUUUAUCCGCUUCUCCAGCACCAGGAGAUAACAUUUGAUCUGCUAUGGGCACUCUUCUUGCCUAAUACACUGGUGCAUACUACAUGUGCUGGCUCUAACGAGUCUCGGUGUCUCAAAUUGGACUGGGGUGAGCAGAAGGAAAGUCUUGAAAGAGGCAAAUUCUUUCAACUUGAUUGCCAUUACAUUGACUAUGAUGGCAAAACCUUUGGAAAAGCAAACGCUGUGCUUGAAAUUGAGGAGUUCAGGGGUGCACGGAGAAUCGAUAGCCUCGGGGUUUUCCCCUUGGCAUAUCAUGAUGAAGAGGAAAAGAUUCGAGAGAAGCUUAUUGAGCGAGGAAGGAAGUUUUUGUCUCUUAAGGGGAUGCACUAUAAGUUCUAUAAGGGACUAGCAUUCUUUAAGAGGAAGAAGGGGGUAGUCAGACUCAAUGUGCACGGGCGUGUCAUGAUCGACCCAAUCACUUUUAGAAGGAUCAAUCCUAACUAUCGGAUGAGUCCCGUCAAGGAGACACUUCACUCUUCCACAAACUCUCUGGGAAACGAUGAUGAUUCCGAAAAUGAGAACGACGAUGACGAGGAUUAUUGUGGUGGAGGUCGGGAUGACGACGAAGAGGCAGAGAUCAACACCUCCAACAAUAAUGCCAAACCGAAACCAAACCCGGAAGCAGUUCUCAAGCGUGCUCUUUUAGGAAAGCCACAAAGAUCAUAUAUUACUGGCCCUGAUGGGAAGUUAAAUCUAAAAUUACUUGGUGGGGUUGCCGAUUUGGCUGCAGCAAAGAAAAAGCUGCAGGAAAACGGCAAAGUGAAUGAAAAGCAAGGACUCAAGGAAGAUUUAAUCCCGGAAGAAAUGACAGAGGAGGAGCUGCUACUUUGCUCACCUAUAGUUUUGGGAUUUAGCUUUGGAGAUAAAUUAUGGGCGGAAUUUGCGGUUGACCGUAUCAUGGAAAUUGAGUUCAAUAAUGAUGCAUUCGAAAGCCUUGUACUUCCAGAGGCACAAAAGACAAUUGUAAGGGCGCUUGUGGAAAGUCACGCUGGAAAUAAAGACUCCAAGGUUACUUUUGACGAUGUUAUCAAAGGAAAGGGCAAGGGCUUGGUGGCAGUAUUACAUGGACGGCCUGGUGUUGGGAAAACAUUGACCGCCGAAGGCAUUUCGGAGUUCCUGAAAAGACCCCUGUAUAUGGUUGGUGCUGGUGAGCUGGGUACCGAUCCUCGAACCCUUGAAACUCAGCUUUCCCGGAUCCUAGACAUAGCACACGUUUGGGGCGCUGUCCUCUUGUUGGACGAGGCAGAUGUUUUUCUUGAACGCAGAUCAGUCCACGAUUUACACCGGAAUGCAUUGGUCUCUGUUUUUCUUAGGCUGUUGGAGUAUUUCCAGGGAAUCUUAUUCCUAACAACAAAUCGUGUCGAGACUUUCGAUGAAGCUUUCCAGAGCAGAAUUCAUAUUGCGUUAAGAUAUAAUGACCUUGACAAGAAAGCAAAGAGAGUCAUCUGGAAAACAUUCCUAGAAAUGGUGGCGAAAGGGGAAUGUUUACCAGGCGAUACCCCCAGACAGAUCGUCUCAAAGGAAGAGUUGGAAGGACUAGCAAGAAGACAACUGAACGGCAGACAGAUCAAGAACACUGUACGAACAGCACAAGCUCUUGCAGUUAAUAAGAACGAAAACUUGUCCAUGGAGCAUCUGAACUUGGUUCUUGCUGUGACUGAAGGGUUUGAACAUGACCUAAAGGGUACUGGACAAAUCGAGAGCAUGAUGUCUUAUGCAUGA